AUGAGUUUCAAAAGUUCAUUGUUUCCACACUUGGCACUUUUCAUCCUAUACUUUUCUGCCACUCAUGCAUUUGACAUUGCACAAAUGCUAUCACAAUAUCCAGAGUUUUCAUCAUUCAAGAAAUUCCUAACGGAUACAAAGAUCGUGGACCAAAUCAACAGCCGGAAAAGCGUGACGGUGAUGGUGAUGGACAACGCUGCUAUGAGCGCCGUAGCCGGAAAAUCACCAGAUAUCAUCAAGGCGAUCCUGAUGACUCACGUGAUUCUUGAUUAUUACGACGAAAGGAAGCUUAUGUUAGCGCAAGGCAGCAAUGUGUUACUCACCACGCUUUAUCAAACCACAGGGCUUGCCGUAAACAAUCAAGGAUUCAUCAAGGUAGCCCUUGUCGGCGAAGGCGAAAUCGCCUUCGGCUGCGCGGCGCCUGGUUCCCCCUUAGAUGUCAAGCUUGUUCAAACUGUAACCACCCAACCCUACGACGUCUCAAUUCUUCAAGUUACAAAACCUAUUAUAUGGCGUGGCCAAGAUGCUGCGAAACCCGCUUCGUCAAGUGCAGUAAAACCAGCAUCUUCACAAGGAGCAUCUUCACCGAUUCCAUCACAAGGCGCAAAUGCACCCAAAGGAGCUGCAGCUUCAGGGACUACAAAGCCGAUUCCUCCACAAGCUGCAACCCCGGCCGCCGCGGCGGGAACAAAACCGGUGCCUUCAAGUACAGGACAUGGAGCAAAUGCGUCUAGUUCGGCCAACGGAACCGCUGUGAAUCCAGUGCCUUCGACUGCAAAUUCCUCCACAUCUGCUGCUCCUACAAAAAGCGGUGGAAAUGCACCAAGCCCUGCUCAAGGCCGCGGCGGAAAUGCACCAAGUCCGGCACAAGGACGAUCAUCGUCAACCUCACCACCAUCGUCUUCACCAGGUGCAAGUUCACCAAGUGGAGCAGGCGGUGGUGGUGGUUCGAGUGGUUUGUCACCGUCACCGGGUUCAGCAAGUUCAAUCGCACCAACACCGGUGGCUGUUUCACCUUCUGGAGACACCAUUAACCCAGCUGCACCGAACGCAGGGCCAACGUCAAAUGCAGGAGCACCUGAUUCAUCGGGUAUUUCUCCGGGUCCAGCCAUUGAUGGUCCUACAGCAAUAAGCCCUUCAGAUGCAGCUGCAGACGCACCUCCUUCUUUUGGUAGUUCUUCACGCACCAAGAUUAGUUUGUUUGGUGCGGUUAUUACGGGUUUUGCUUCUCUUUUCGUAGUUUUGUAA